AUGCUCGACGAGAACCUCCCCACAUUUUAUCUCAAACAUGGCCAACAAAAACACUCCUGGACCAUCUACCUCUGCCACCACGGCGACGAACCCGCUCCAGCCUACCACCUCCGCUACCCCGACCCAUCCUCUCCCUCCUCCAAAAACCGCUACGCAGUCGCCCUUUGCGACCCAUACGUCCCGGAAAUAAUCUACGGCGAAGUCCUACUCAUCCCGGAAUGGACGCAGCCUUCGCUCUCCGCAGAUGCGAUCCGCGCAAAUGGCGGCGUCACACCUCCCCCUGAACCUAUCCUCCCGAGCCAGUUCGUUGUGCAUUUAUAUAAUCCGGACCAACAGAUCAUUGUGCGGUAUAAGCCCAAGACGUGGAAUAGUCCUGCGACGUGGGAUUUUGAGAUGCCGCAGCAUACGUUCCGGCAGCCGUCGAGUUCGACGCUAGAUCGCACGCAGAUUGAUCCUGCGAUCGCGGAUGUUACGCCGAAACUGCGUUUUGGAUGGCGGAAAGAUAGCAAGUUGUCCAAGGAUUUGGCUUGUUUGUUAUCUGGGAAAACGGCGUCGAUUACUGAAACGAAGACGAAGAGUAAAGAGCCGGAUAUCACGAUUUCGAUCUUCAAGGGUCUGCGCGAGAUGACAUUAUACGAGCCGAAUUUGUAUCGUGUGGAGAUGGAGGAUUUCAAGGGGUUGGAGUGUGUGUUGUUGCUGGGGGCGGUUACGAUUAGAGAUGUGUUUUUUACGUCGAUUGAGAAGGCAUUUUCCAUUUCGCAUGAUGUGAAGAAACCGCAGAAGACCCCGCGGAAUGCUCCUGUUGCUCCUGCUGUGCAGAAACCUAUUCAAAAACCGGGUCCUAGUACUGCUGCUGCUGCUGCUUCUACUCUUUCCAACGACAAUAAAGCACAACCACAACCUCAGCCUCAGUCUCAGCUUCAGCAACCACCGGCUAUGUCUGGUGCAUUAGUUGCGAAUAACAAACCCCGCCCUACAGGUCAAGGCCCGGAACGACCACGGAUUACUAUUCCCCAGCAAAACAAGCCAUUGCCAGAAGCCGUGCCCCAGCCCCAGCCCCAGCCCCAGCCCCAGUCUCAGCCUCAACCUCGUCCGCAACAGCAACAACAACCACAGCAAGUCCGUUUCUCCCCAGGUACCAAACCAGACGACGACCUCCGCCGCCAAAAGAAAAUCCAAGAAGCAAACGACAAAGCGCGCCGCAAGAGACAAGUCGAAAUCGAAAAGGAAACUAAGCGCCUACAGAAAAUCUACGGCAGAGAGGAAGAGCAAGUGCGUAAAUCUCAGCAACAGCGUCCUGCACAGCCCCGGCCUCAACCGCAACCGCAGCCGCAGCGUCAGCAUCAGCCACAACGCCCGACUCAGCAUCGUCCUACGCAAUCACAUCCGUCGUCAUCACGACCACAUCUUCCCCCUCGUCCUGGUCCUGGUCCCAGUUCAGGUCCGUAUCUUCACGUCCCACCGUCACAAGCAGGUCCGAACCGACGACCCAAUGCACAUGCAUCAGUCCAAUUCCUACCUCUCCAACCACAACACGUAUCCUCACCAGGUCUGCAGCAGAAGAAGAGCAGUUUCUUUGGAUUGCGCCGGUCAUCCGAGGAGAAGAAUAGGGAGAAGUUGGCGAAGAAGCGAAGCUCGAUGUUUUGA